UGUAAGUUAAAAUAAUUAAACAAUCAUAUGAAUUAUUUACCAAUUAAAAACAUCAAAUUAUUGGAUAGUACAAUUUCAAAUCCAUGACAGUUUCAAAAAUAUUAAAAUCUAAUUCAUUAAUAUUAAAAAAACAAUAAUUUAGUUGACUUCAACUAGUAUAAUAACUUGCUGUAAAAUAAAACUCAAAGAUCUCAAAAUCAUGCCUUCGUUGUGUUAUAUUCUGUUUCCAAUAAUUGUAAUAAUGGGAUUGCUGAGAAAAUGCCGUGAGCGUACUUGGGGAAGAUGCAAAGACACAAGUAGCUUACAGGGAAAAGUUUUCCUGGUGACCGGUGCUAAUUCUGGCAUUGGUAAGGAAACUGUUCGCGAACUCGCCAGAAGGCAAGCUCGUGUUAUUUUGGCAUGUAGAGACAUGGACAAUGCACGUAAUGCUAUUUCGCAAAUACGUAAGGAUGUAUCCACUGGUGAAAUGAUUCCCAUGGAAUUAGAUCUGGCUUCUUUGGUUUCAAUACGCAAAUUUGCUCAACAAGUACUUGAUGACUUUCCAGAAAUUCAUUGCUUAAUAAAUAAUGCCGGGGUUUAUGUACCAUUAAAAAACAGCUCGAUGACAAGAGAUGGUUUUGAAAUUCAUUUUGGUGUCAAUCAUUUAGGACACUUUUUAUUAACUAAUUUACUCUUGGACAGGCUUAAAGUUUCAGCACCCAGCAGGGUUGUAAUUGUUACAUCGAAAUUAUCAUCCGGAGUAAUUGACUUUUCGAAUUUAAAUGGUGAAAAAGGGCUACCUGCAAAAGGCCGUAUGAAUCCUGGGUACGUUAAUUCGAAAUUAGCCAAUGUAUACUUUGGUAAAGAACUAGCUAAGCGCUUAAAAGAUUCAGGCGUCAAUGUUUAUAUGGUUUGUCCUGGAUUUGCUUACACUGGACUAUUUCGAAAUGUAAAACGCAGUUGGUUUCAUUACAUAUUAUUUUCACCAGUCGCUCUCCUAUUUUUACGUACUGCUCAUCAGGGCGCACAAACAGUUUUACACUGCACAACAGAUGCUUCCUUGUCUGAAGAAUCAGGACUUAUUUACCGUGACUGCAAAAUUUAUGACUCAAAGGUAGAAUUGAAGGAUGAUGUUGCCGAAAACUUGUGGGCCGUGAGUGCCAGUCUUGUAGGAGUUGAUACUAUUAAAUAAAUAUAAUUUUAAUUAUUGAUACUCAAUAAGAUAGUUCUUGAUACGGUUUGAAGUGAGAAGUUUGAAAUAAAUUAGAAUAAGAUUUUUUUUAAAGAUAUAAAUAAGUAGAUGUUAUUGUUUUAGAAUCAACUUUUUACAAUCCUAAAUCAACUCGAUAGAAUUUUCGUGAUGACAUUUUAAGGACGUUCCUAGACAAAAAAAAUAUAUCAAUAGGUUUUGGUUAUUGGUUUUUUUUUCACCCACUAGUUCUGCCUCUCUUUACAGACUAUUGCUCACUUACUUCCACAUGUAAAAUAUCGAAAGUCACUAACUUCAAACAUUUUUUAUAAAAAAAUAAAUACCGCUCGUUUAUGUUAUUUUUGAUAAAAAAUACUUGUUAUAAAGUAAAAAACCUAAUUAUUGACAUUGGCUUAGUUAAUUGACACUUGCAUUUUUAUUCUAAUUAAAAA